GCAGCAGCCGGUUUGUCACAUGACUGUCGUGCAGCGCUGGAGGUUGCAGCCACAGUUCCGUGUUCACUUCACACAGGCGGCAGCAGCAGCAGCAGCAGCUGAGCUGGAUGAGAGUCGCUGCGUGUCUGCAUUUCACGCCGCGAAACUACGUCGCCGUGCGGGGAUCUGUGGAGCGUAGGGCAACCUCUCACGCAAUCGCAUCUCCUCGAUCUACGCCGCAGCAGCGCCAUGCUCACGCGUGUGAAGUCGGCGGUGGCCAGUUUAAUGGGAGGCAUGAUGGCAGGAGGCUCCAACGGAGAGCACCACAGCGGCUCAGAGCUGCCGCUGAAAUUCCCCUACAGUAGACCAGAGUUUCUGGGACUGUCGCCCGACGAGAUCGAGUGCUCGGCGGAUCACAUAGCGAGACCGAUCCUCAUCCUGAAGGAGACCAAGCGGCUGCCCUGGUCCACUGGCUACGCGGAAGUGAUCAAUGCAGGAAAGAGCACAUUGAACGAGGACCAGGCCUGCUGCGAAGUGCUGGUGGUCAAAAGGAGACCGGCUGGAAGCUCCACACCCAACCGGACCCCCUUGGCCCGCAGGAGGUCUUCCCUGCCCAAUGGGGAGGACGCGGGCCUACAGGAGAACACGGAUGGCUCUGAAGACCUAACCUUCCACUACUGGGCGUUGUUUGAUGGCCACGCAGGCUCUGGGGCAGCUGUAGUGGCUGCCCGCCUUCUUCAUCACCACAUCGCUCUGCACCUCCAGGAAGUGACGGAGAUCCUCUGCACUCCCAACCUGCUGCCACCCACAUGCCUCGGUGAGGAACCAAUCAGUCACCAUCUCACCCCGACGUCCCAGCGCGCCCUCACCAGGGCCGCCUCCCUGCGGGGAGCUGCAGGGGCUCCGGGUUCACCCAGCACGCCACCCACCCGCUUCUUCACCGAGAAGAAAGUUUCACACGAGAGUCUGGUGGUUGGCGCCAUUGAGAAUGCCUUCAAAGACAUGGACGCACAGAUAGAGAAGGAGAAGGCGGCCUACAACGUCUCGGGUGGCUGCACUGCUCUGGUGGUUCUCUAUUUACUCGGGAAGCUCUACGUUGGCAACGCAGGGGACAGCAGAGCGAUUAUUAUCCGUGCUGGGCAGGUGAUCCCCAUGUCAACAGAGUUUACACCGGAGUCUGAGAGACAGCGACUGCAGUUCCUUGCAUACAUGCAGCCCCACUUAUUAGGCAACGAGUUUACACAUCUGGAAUUCCCCAGGAGAGUGCAGAGAAAAGAGGUUGGCAAGAGGAUGCUGUACCGUGACUUCACCAUGUCGGGAUGGGCGUAUAAAACCAUCGAGGACGAUGACCUCAAGUUUCCCCUGAUAUACGGCGAAGGAAAGAAGGCUCGUGUGCUGGCGACCAUCGGGGUCACGAGAGGUCUCGGGGACCACAACCUCAAAGUGCACGACUCCAACAUCUACAUCAAACCGUUCUUGUCCUGCUGUCCAGAGGUCAAAGUCUACCCUCUGGCGCAGCACGAGCACGGCGCUGACGACGUCCUCGUGCUGGGAACGGACGGUUUGUGGGACGUCCUCGCCAACCAGGAAGUAGCUGAAGCGGUCACGUCUUUCCUGUCCAACUGUGACCCCGACGACCAGCACAGGUACACGAUGGCAGCGCAAGACCUCAUAAUGAGAGCACGAGGAGUGCUGAAGGAUCGUGGCUGGAGAAUAUCCAACGACAGACUGGGCUCCGGAGACGACAUCUCCGUCUACAUCAUCCCUCUCAUGUAUGGCACCAAGCAGAAUUAACCCGGUGACAUAAGUGCGUCCAACACAAAAACGUGACCCUGCCUUGACCCCGACCCUCCCCCCCCCCACCCCCACAUCCCUCGUGCUCCAUAUUUAAAAGUGCUUUCGUGUGGACGUCCUCUCUCGCCGAGGGAGUGGAGACAAGAAGUGGGAUUCCUGUCCGAUAGAAAGUAAACAAAAGCGAAGCAAAGGGGGCGGGAGCGUGUCCUCUCAUGGACGGAGAUGGUAAUAUGCGUCUCAGGAUUGCUAUUACUCGCUAAUGCACAAUAUUUAUAAAUGUGAAAAAUGUAUAUACACAAGACAUACACACAUUUGAUAAAAAUGUGUAUUUGGUUGAAUUUCUGUACAGUGUAAAAAAAACAAACAAACAAACAAACAAAACAGAGGACUGACGUCAUGUACUGUACAUAUGAAUCACACCUCCUCUGUUCCAUGUCAACUUUUAAUGUAGCCAGACUGAUUCAUCUGUUUUCUCACAUUCUUUUUGUUCGUUUGUACCUCCCACAUUCCAAUACUAUACUCGUCGAUCAAGGACAGCAGCUUAAUUUUAUGAAGAAAACACUCGUUUGUGCUCCGUCUUAUUAUACUGUUUUAAAUCGAGCUGUCGCACGUUUUCAGAUUGUGUUGUACCUUCCCCUCCCUCGGUCAUCUACCUCAUGAUGUUCCUUCUUAAGUGGCUGUUUGCAUGCUCGGUUUUGCCGCGUCCUCAGCUGCCGCCUGUGCCAUCGUUUAAUUACAUUCCCCAUAUUUGUGCAGUGUAAAGUAUGUGUAGAAAAAAAACAACAACUCCACUCCUAUGAUCAUAGUCUCAUUUCCCCCUUUUCUUCAGUACUGGUUCUUACAUUUUAAGAUAAACUCAUCUUCAUGAGUAGCAGGUGCCUCUGACAGUUAGACCUGGUCUGAUCUAACACAAUGUACAUAAUAAUAGAAGAUUAUCCUGAUGUGAGUGUCUGAUCCAGUGGUUUCCGUUCGUUGGGGUUUUGCUGUACUGUUUUAGUUUCUCGGUUACAAAUGUCGUAUCUCGGAGUAAGCUGUCGAAACGUGAGUAACUUCAAUGUGUAAAAAAUGUAAAUAACUCUUUUCAUUGGACACUUCUCUUUUUCUUUGUUUUCCUUUUGCUGUAAGUUAGUUUUUCUUCCUAUCGAAGCAAAACAAAGUCAUUUGUACCGUUUUUUGGAAACCUGACACCAGUGUAAACCAAGGUUUAAAUGCCCAUUUUCCUGCUGUAUUAAAAAAAAAAGGAGGCACAAUCACA